GUCAUUGAAUACGAGUGUAUUAACUUAACUAUAAAACAGAUCGCAUAACAAGAUGGAGAUCGUAUUGAAACAUGUAUGUCUUCUUGCUUUGUGUUGCAUUUUCGCAGUAGCUGGUUGUAACCGAGGGAAAAGUAAAGACGAUUCUCAUAUAGCCAGACCUUCUGAUUGUGAGAGCUUCGAGAAAAUUGAUGUCCAUCUAACAAUACAGAACAAGAUACAGCCAGAAUACUUCGAAUACAACGUCACUCUACAUGAUGUACCGAAGCAUCAACUGAUUCGUCAUCUGGAGCUAGCUGCAGAAAAAGAUAAACAUUUCAAGUUUUCAUCAACUUAUUUUCCCGGUAUGGGGUACUUUAUAAAUUCGAUCAAUGGUUUGGCCGGUAAAUGGGAUCCCGACCAGACGUUUUGGGAAAUUUUGAAUUCUGAUUUUGCACAAGUAGAUGAAGGUGCAAGUUACAUACCCAAUCAUGAAGAAUUUGUAGUUUUUAACUUUACCAAAAGCAGCCAUUAAAGAGCGAAAAACUUAAAUAUAAUACGCAGACUACAGAGAUAUUGACAGCCCUUGGAACAAAAUCUGUUUUAAUAACUGUGCUGUACCCAAAUAUACACACAAUUUCAAUAGUU